UUCAGAACGAACGGCUGCACAUCACGAUCUCGUGAGGAGGAAACGAAGGAUGGGAGGCUGGUUAAGAGUGGGUGAAAACGGGCGGCAGAGAAGCGAUUUGACACAGCAUGCAGCAUGCAAGAAGAUGGAAGAUAGACUUUCUGAGGCCAGUUCAAGUUGCUAAUAGUAGCAACAUCAGGGAUCGCGGGAAGGAGAAGGCGGGAGGAGGGUGUUGAACUUCAAGGUGUUGGAGAGGUCGGUGCCGUAGUCCAUGCAUGUUUCAAGGAAGAGCAUGGAACAGUACUGCAAUAGUAAUAGUGGUGCAGCAGUAGUAGGCAGACAAAGCUGCUUCAAGUUCUGGUGCAGACCUACUCCUGCACCUACGCUCAACAUGCAGCAUUUCGUCUUAGCAGGCGUAUGCAUCGUCACACAAGCUGGAGGUAAACAUUGCGUAGCCCGGGGAGCGAAGCACCCGCCGCAAGCCACUUUCCACUCUUUCGACCAACCGUGGCCAUCUGAAGGUUCCAAAAGCCAACUUUGUACCACUCCAAAGCAGGCCUCAGCCACCGCUAAUUCUGCCGCUGCGGGCGAAGCGAAAGUGUGCUUGCUCCUUACAGGCCGUUCACGCCACAGUACGCUUGCUUCAGGCUGCGGAGAUGCCCUGCUUAGUGCCGUCGCUACCACAGUGCACCACUGGAUUGAAGCGACAAGAAAGAGGUCCGGCGGCGAAUUGAAGGGAGUCCGAUGAACUUGAAGCGACAUUGAUCGCCCUUCGGCUGCGCUCUAUCCUUCCACGUCGGACAUGGCAUCGCAGGCUGCCAGUCGAUCCGUACGAUUACCGCAGUCAAUCAUCCUACCUAGGUAUUCACGGCCAUACGCCGAGUCCAGGCCUUCUCAACGACAUUAACCGUCGCUGCACGUCGCACGUCAGAUCGUGGUUAAAUCGACAGAAGAGAACUUGCGGGGGGCUGGGACAAGGAUAGAGAUGCUGGUUUUGACAUUUCCGACUGUCACUGCUGACGGAUCACGAACAGGCGGGAAAAGACUACAAUCUGGUCCAAGCCACAGUGUCUCCGGAAUCCUCCAUUCCGUGCACAUGCACGAGUCCUUCUACACGGCAGGCGGGCGUCGCAAGCUGCAUGUCUGCAUUGACCAACGUCAUGUGUCGUGAAUACGGGAUCAAAUGGCCGGCCCGCAGCCCACAUAAUUGAGCGAUCAUUCCAGGCAAAGGUCUACGAUCAUCUUGCAAUGUACAAAUAAGCAGAUGGAAAAAAGCUAGACAUGAGAAGGAAAGAGCAAGGAGAACAUAUCACGACAGUUUUGAGGAGAAUUAAUAUCAUUAGGUAUACAUAGUAGCACAGCUGCUAUGUAUGAUUAAGAGGAUGGCUUGUGAGCCCCCCAUGUCGGAGACCAGCCAUAUUCCUCUGAUGUUAUCCCCCUAUGAUCUAUAUGCGAGGUUCGAUCCCAAGAACGCCAGAUCAUGCAAGUCGUGAGUAUGAGUAGCAGAUCAGAACAAAUGGUGUCUCAUGAUGUUCCGUUAUGAUGCCGCAUUCCAGCCACCUCAUUAUAGCGUUUUACUCAACAGUGAUCCGCUUGGUUUGAGGGGCUGGAGCCUUAGGCACGUGGAUGGUCAGGACACCAUUCCUCAAGGACGCCUUGACCGCGUCUUGGUUCACACGUGCCGGGAAGGUGAAAGUGCGAGCGAACUCUCCAAUCGAGCGCUCCGAGAUCCAGUAGUGAUGUUGCGGGCGAGCAUCUUUGGCGACCUCGGAUGAUUGUUGCUGCGAGGUCACUUCCUUGCCCUCCUCCUUGGCUUUGGCUUCCUCCUCCUCUUCAACCGUGGGCUUGCGCGGUGGCUUGGUGUCUUUCUUGUCGGUUUGUUCUGAUGGAGGAGUUCCGGACUCGGAAUGGCGUUCUACCCGGCCUUUCACGGUCAAGGUGUAUUCGUCGGUGAAUUCGAUGUUGAUGUCCUUCUGGUCGACACCGGGGAGCUCGCCCUCUAGAGUGUAGCCUUCAUCGGUCUCCUUGACGUCAAAGGCAGGCUUGAAGUGGUUCAAAGUCUGGGGUUGGGCCUUUGCGACUUCGUUGAGCGAGUCGUCCAAAAGGCUGAAGAUGGGUGCAAGUUCCGCUCCCCGCCGGUUGGGGCCGACGCGGACUGGGGCAAAUGCGAUUCUGGGGAACAGCGACAUGUUUCUGGUAGUUGUUGCGCGAGGAAUUUGUGGUUUGAUGAUUUUAGAUGCGCGAGGGAUGAUUCGGCUUCGUGCUGGAUUCAUAAGAAUUUUUUUGUUCUUGUUGCUUGUCGAACGGAAACAGAAGAGACUGUCAACCCAGGAUUUAUAGCUGUUGAUGUUGCCUGAUGGAAGCUGCUGGACGCUCACCGGUGGAUGAGCAAAGCAGGAUAUAAUGACAUUGCUAGACAGUUCUGGGGCACGCAAGCGUUGUCGUGCCUGUUGCUGGAAUCGCCCGGAAGUGGCGUGUUUCCUCCGCG